CGAUGUAGUGGACCGCGUUGCUGCUGCUCCUCCAUAAUAACACUGGAAGCGAAAGGAGUAACGUCGUGUCCGUGUCGUGUCGUAUCUGCUUUCGUUUUUGUCCUUUACAGAUUUGCAGUGUAUAAAAGCCUCUCUGCUGAGGCUGCUGCUCUGCAGAGGAAAACUAAAGGAUCCAGAGGAACCAGAAAAGCGUUUGUCAUCUUCUAGCCGCCUUGAAAACCCAUAUUUACCCUGUAACCAUGGCUAGAAACCUGCUAAGGAAUCCCUGUGGAAAUGAGCAGCUGGAAUCCUGGGAGCUGACAGAAAACGGUGGGAACCAGUGGAAAGUGGAGGACAUGCCAGGAGACUGUGGUCAUGACUUCUGCACUGAAGAAGUGACCAAAUAUUUUGUGACUUCCUUUGAGCUUUGCCUAAAAAGGCAGGUGAUCGACCUGAUAGAGGAGGGUUACAGCCCAGAGCAGCUGGACGCUCAGCCUCCUGUCACAGUGAAAGACUGGUUCUGUGGCAGGACCGACUGCGGCUGCACCUAUCAGAUGACAUCCUGUCUGCUGGAUGAGAAUAAAGAGGUUCUGCAGGAAUACAUUCAUGAUCCGGAGACUCUGGACCCCGAGGCAGACUCCUCAUGGAGACAGGUCACUCAUACGUUUUAUGACUACGGCCCUGGAAUGCGUUUCAUCUCAUUCGAACAUGGAGGAUGUGACACCAGUUACUGGGAAGGCUGGUUUGGAGUUCGGGUCACUGGGAGCUCUGUGACGCUUGACGUCUGAACCAGAGGAGAAACGAGAAGAGGAGGAUGGAAACAAGUAUAGCCAAGAAUAAAACAUUCAUUUAUUAAUCUUAGUUUAUUUUAAAUACUGUAGCAAUUGCAGUAUUUUCAAAGCAGCUGUUUGAAAUCUUUUGGUUCAAGAAACUAACGUUCACACAAAUAGGCACCUUCACUUUACUAACCUUUAUAUAUUCAACCCAAAGCUUGCUGGACUAACCUUAAAUUAGCCUCUAACUACUCUUUGCACUAAUCAGCAAUCCUUUAAAUAUUAAUCACAGUAGUAAAAUAAACUAUUGCAUGCAAUCCAGAA